AUGGGGUUUUGCAGGGGCGACGUUGUUGAAGUAGCAAGCAAAGAAGAUGGUUUUGUGGGUUCAUAUUACGAGGCAAUUGUGGUGUGCCAACCGCUCAAGAAAGAUUAUAUCGUGCAGUAUAAAACCCUUUUGAAAGAUGACCUCUCUGGUCCGUUGACGGAGUUUGUUACAGUCUCUGAACUCCGGCCAGUUCCUCCUGAGAUUCCGGUGAGUGGGUUUAGCUUAAAUGAUGAAGUUGAUGCUUUUGAUAAUGAUGGGUGGUGGGUUGGCAAAAUCACUGGUAAAAUUGGAGCUAAUUACAUUGUAUACUUUGAAACCAGUGAGGAUGAAUGUGCUUAUACUAUAAGUGACUUGAGAGUUCAUCAAGAUUGGAUUGAUGGUGAGUGA